CUAUAUUUGUUCCACGAACUUCCAAUUAUGGUUGGUUAUCAAAAACGGGGAAGAGGUGCCGAUGAAGAAAGUCGGAGAUAAGUUGAUCCCCAAGACCGAAGACGAAUUUGAUGCCGAAGACAUCAAGAAAGUAGAAUACUACGCAAAAGCCGUUAACAUGCUCUACUGCGCAGUCAACCCCGAUGACUACUGCAAGAUCUCCGGCUGCUCAACCGCCAAGGAGAUGUUGGAUAAGCUCGAGGUGACGUACGAAGGAACGGACCAAGUACGUGAAGCCAAGAUCGACUUCCUCACCCAAGAGUAUGAGAUGUUUAGGAUGAAGGAGCACGAAAAGAUCGACGACAUGUUCGACCGCUUUUCUAAGAUAGUCAACGAUCUUCAUGCAUUAAAGAAGACUUACACCGACAGGGAUCUUGUGCGAAAGAUCCUACGAAGCUUGACAUCCGAAUGGCGGUCUAAGGCCGAUGCCAUCUAUGAGUCGAUCGGCACAUCAAAUGUCACCAUCGACAGUUUAAGAGAUGAAGUCAAGCUCAUCAUGAAGAAGUUUUGCAAACUUAUAAAGAAAGAGAAGGCUGAGGAUGGCCCUGUGUGCUAUAGAUGUGGUGAAGCCGGGCACAUCAAGAACAAAUGCCCGAAAAGCGGAAGGAAUGCUCGGCACUUCAAAAGGCAAAUGGCAUAUAUCUCUUGGGGUGGCGACUCCGGCGAUGAGUCAAGCGAGCAAGAGGAAGACGAAGAAGCAAACCUUUGUCUCAUAGCUCAAGAAGAAGAGGAGUCCGCCAACGGCGAAAACCAAGAGGUAUGUUUAUCUUUGGAGGAUAAGAGAAAAUUAUCCAUGAAUGCAAAGGCAAUCAACAUCCUCCAUUGCUCUCUUGGCCUCGACGAAUUUGCAAGAGUGAGUACAUGCAAAACGGCCAAGGAAGUAUGGGAUCUACUAGAAGCCACACACGAAGGAGAUGUCUCAACAAAGCAAACGAUGAUUGCCCUAGGACACUCGGAGUAUGAAUCGUUCAAGAAAGUGCCAUGUGAGACGAUCCAAGACAUGAACAAGAGGUUCAACAAGAUUGUCAACAAAUUGAGUAAGUUGGGUAAGACAUAUACUACUUCCGAGCUUAAUACGAAAAUUCUAUUUUCUUUACCUAAAGAAUGGCAUAGUAGUAUAGUGGAUUUAUUACCCAAAUGUGAUAAGGCCGAAACCGCCCACAUUUGGUCUUCCUUGUAUUCUCACGAACUUUUGUUGAGAAAGAUCAAAGAGGAAGAAGUGCGUGAAAAACCCAAGCUUACCAACGCCUUCAAAGCUUCCAAAGAAUCAUCAAGUGAAGAGUCAAGUGAAUCAAGUGAUGAUUCAAGUAACUCAAGCUCUACGGAAGAGUCAAAUGAUGAAGAAGAUGAAGAGAAGGCAAUGAGAAUGAAGUAUACGGAUUUCCUCAAAUGGAAGAAGUAUGUGAAUUGGAAAGAAGUAUACUCAAAGCCGAAAAAAGAACGGCAUAAGCCAAGGAAAAACAAGAAUCCAUUAAGAUUCGGUACUCAAGAAUGAAGUCGAAACACUAAACUAGCGUAGAAUAUAGGUAGAAACCAAUGUAAGGAUAUGACUUUAUAUACCUAUAUUCACAAGCUCAAAAGCACUCACAAAAUAUGUUUAAAACCAUUCCAUAAACAUUUUCAAACAUC